AUGACUGGCCACGAGCGGAGGAUCAGCCAAGUUACAACUUCACCGUCCGCUCGACGACCCGGUCGCCAGCAAGAGACAGGGCAUGAUCAAGAAGACCAUUCCCGACGCCGCGCUGCACAAUUUUGCACGCUACGAUUUUUACUCGGCCUUCAGACUGGGAAGUCCCUAGAUGAGCUGUGUCCGAACGUGGACCUCCAUCGCCAGGAUCAGGACAACGCGACUCAGCACCCUAUCUCUGCAGAAGAUUUAAUGUUUUCACUGAAAAGUCAAUUGGACGAGGAUAUCGAUCGAUGCAUUCCUCUUGGCGGUUGUGGAUCCUAUGGUGCUCCAUUCAAACUUACUUGCGCGAAAUAUGGUUAUACGGCUAUCGGCAAAGGCACCACUUCAGGAUUGUGGAAAGAAGUUUCUCGUGAGGCGCAGGUAUACCAAACCUUGCGGCGGGCCCAAGGAUCCGCCGUGCCUGUGUUUCUGGGUACUCUUGAUUUAGCAAAAAUCUACUUUCUCCAUGGUGCUGGACAAAUCCGCCAUAUGCUCAUAAUGGGCUGGGGGGGGUAA